CUCGGCAUGUUCUUAUGUGCUCGACUUCCAGGCCAAACUUGGGUUUGUUCAGUCGUCGCCCAUCUCAAAACGUCAGUCUCUGAAUCCAGCUUGAAAUCUUUUCCCCACUUGAACCCCUCACUGCUUCCAUCCUCCAAUAUCGAAAAGUUGUCUUUCAUCAAGUGUCAAACCACCAAGACUUCUCACAACAAGACUGCAGAACGUCUCCCGAGGGUGAUCAUGUACACCACAAUUAAAACAUCGCAACGUAACUUCAUCACUGACCCGGAACGAUGGCUGGGUCAAAGCAUCUACUUCAAGAGCCUCUGCUCUGGGAAAUGGGGUGAUGAACAGGAGGAUGGGUCAUACUUUAUCGAAACCGACGCUCACAUCUUCGAACAUAUCCUUCGGUAUCUACGGACCGGAGUCCUUCCGGUCUUCUACGACACAGCAAAAGGCCACGAUUUCGCUCUCUAUCAAGCUCUACUAGAGGAAGCAAAAUAUUUCAUCAUUGAGAGACUAGAAAGAUGGUUAUGCGAACGCAAAUAUUUGAAGGUUGUCGAAAUCCGCUAUUUAGCUACCGAAACUCAAGACCGAGGAUGUUCAAGGAAACAGACCAUCUCCGAUCCUGAGGGCCGCACAUUCAUAGUGGAGGAUCGCUUCGUUGAGAUUACGACGAGUGGCAACAUGGAGACUACAAUGGUCCCCAUGGUACAACAACAGAACUUCUUCUACUGCCCGAACGGAAAGCAUGGCAAAAGCAAUGAAGAGUAUUGUAGGAGCUGUAUUGUGCAUGCAAGAGAUAACAAAAAUCAUGUAAACGGUGGCUGGAGAGAAGAGGACCAACUCAAGUGGUGCGUUGUGCGGAAAGAAGUUGUUUUUAACCACGAUCUCUGCGUCAACUCGUAUUUAGAAGAUGCCCUGCCAUGAACAAGAGACUUGAUUUGCACAGAAAUCACGAGGUAAGCCAUCUGUUUCAAAAUACCUUUCGAGUGCUUUCUCCUCUGAUGGACUGAAUAAUUGUCGGCGCUUGGCCUUUUCUUCUUUCGAGCGCCGCCCAUGAUCACGAUAAUAAAGGGUAGUCAGAGGGACUCCGCUGCGUUUAGAGGUGGCAUCGUACGUUCGAGGCUCUCCUGGCAAGGACGCCACUGCAAGUGCUUUACUGGCGCGGUCGGUCAUAGAGUGCUACCUUAUUGCACGAAAAGUACCAUUCAGAUUGAAUAAGG